CCUAGUCAGGGGAGAAAGCGUUGCGUGACGACACUGAAAGCGGCUGUGGGGGAGACUACUUUGCCACCGGGCUCGAUCAAGAUUAGAAAAUGGCUGUGUCUUCUCGUAGUGACAUACUAGAUUGUCAUAUUCAUCUUUGGGAUAAUGAGACCUAUGAAUACCCAUUUCCACCGCCUGAGCUUAAAAAGAUCUGCAAGCCAUUCUUUGUUCAUGACUUAGAGGAAGCAAUGAAGUGUAGUCCAGUAAGGCAAGCUUUGUUUGUGCAAGUGAAUCAGACUUAUGUAGAAACAGAUCUGAUAUUAGAUGUAGCGAAGACCAACAAUACAUUGGUUGGAGUGGUUGGCUGGGUGGAUUUACAAGAUCCUCAUCUGGAUAGUAUUUUAGAGAAGUAUCAAAAACACCCCAAGUUUAAGGGUGUUCGGCACAUAGUUGAAGCAGAGCCAGAUGAUUGGCUGGCUCGUCAAGAGGUUCAAAGAGGACUUGGCAUGCUAGAAAAGAGAGGGCUAACCUAUGACUUAUUGAUAAGGGAGAGACACUUUAAACUAGCCAAGGAAGUUGUCAGUAAAUUUCCAAAGUUAACAUUCAUAGUGGAUCACAUUGCCAAACCAGACAUCAAGGGUGGCCAAUGCGUUGAGGAAUGGAAAGCAGGCAUUGCAGAAUUGGCUAAAUGCCCAAAUGUUUGUUGUAAAAUUUCAGGAAUGAUUACAGAAGCCGAUCACGAUAAAUGGACUGUAAAUGACAUUAUUCCAUUUGUGAAGCAUGUGCUGUCAGUAUUUGGAGUGGAUCGCUGUUUGUAUGGCUCUGAUUGGCCCGUUUGUUACUUAGCUACCGAUUCAUACAAUGUGGUUUACGAGUCCUGCCUGCAAGCAAUAUCACAUCUUUCUGAUGAUGACAAGAUCAAAAUAUUUUGUACCAAUGCGACUAGAAUUUACAAUAUUUAGCCAAAAUGUUCUCAUUUACUUGGGAAUCAGUUUAUUUUCACAACAAAAGUACCGAAGUCGGUUGUUGUGAAUUUAUUUUUUAAGAACUUUAGAAUUUCGGUGACAUAUUUUAUAAUUUAGCCACGAUAUAACGCGCGCUCUGAUUAGUUAUUUAGGCCCCGUCCAUAAAAUAUCCCCGUCCGGAUACAAAAAUUUCAGGAUACGUGUGGACGGGGCCUUAGCGUGCGAGGGGUGCGACCAAAAAUCGAUGGAAGCACGCUAAUCAAUAGUCUCCUCCACGACCGUCAUUAGUUUCCGUCCCAGAUCCUCACGGGCCUAAUAAAGGUUGCGUCGGAGACUAGUUAAUCAAUUAUUACCAAUCCUUUAAUCAGAAAUUGCAUGUAAAUAUAUGAUAUAGUUGCGGAAUUUUAAAGCGUAAGAGCGCAAAACAGAGAACCCCAUACAUUUCACUCGCAUUUAGUACUGGGUCAAAAAUGAUUGGAUCCAGUGCAAAAAAGAAAAUGUAUGUAAAUUUUAUGGACCAUAAUUAAAUGCCCAAUGUUAUCAUUUCUAUAGCUCGCAACAGCCUUAAAGUUUUCAGAAAUGCCGGCAUUGUUUUGUUUUGUUUCUUCUUUUUUUUUUUUUUUUUUUUUUUUUUUUUUUUUUUUUUUUUUUUUUUUUUUUUUUUUGUAGUAUGUAGAAUUUGGGAUUUGCUGAUGUCACAGUUUGGAACUCGUUCUCGUACCCAGACCCUUCUCAGCAAAAAAACAAAGAUAUUGUUAGAAAGCUGAGAAGGGUUUGGGUACGAGAAUGUUUGGUACUCUUUUAGGGUAGGGUUGAAGUAGCAGAAAGUGGAGCUGAUCUUGAGUUCCUCCAAAAGGUGGAAUUAAAGAAGACUGUAGUGUUCGUUUCGACAUUCAGAAAAUUAUGCUAAAAUGAAACAAAAUUUUAAAUGGUCUUUGGUUCUUACAAAAACAAUUCUUGAUUUUUUUAUAUAGAAAAAGUAUUUUUAAACCACCAUAAUUAUUGUUAAUAUCAUCUCGAAUAUCCGAUAGAAGUAGCGUCCAUUUACAUUACUAUACACUUAUUUCAAUAAAGUUAGUCACCUAAAAAGCUACAAAGCUGAGACCGACAAGGAUUACGGGUAGAUACAUUUUACGUGUUUCAACCGCUUGAUAACUGUUGAUGGACUUGAGAUCUUCUACCAGUUACAAGUUAACCUCCUCUGAGUAUCCUCAACUGCUGCAGUUUGUGUCAAAAGCAUUACUUGUUGGAUACAAGACAUUUCCCUAUGAUUCUCAGCGAUCGCAGCUUUCUAGGUUUUUGGUGACUAACUUUAUUGAAAUAAGUAUAUUCAUAUAAGUAUGCAAUUGUUACUAAUUAGGUUGAUUUAGUUACCAACUGAAGAGUGUAUCGAGUGGCUAGCCACACCCUUUUGGAGUCUUGUAAGGCAAAUUCAAAAGACUGAGUUAAUAGGUUGCUUGCAAUCAUUUUUAAGUGAAUUCGAAUAAAAUAACAAGAAAUA